UAUGGCUACACAUUCGUCAGCAAGGGCACGGUGCGGGCGUUCAUCCACGAUCUCGAGCACGAGGCUGCAGUCUACGAGCGCCUCUGGCCAAUCCAAGGCGUCAACGUAACUGUAUUCUCGGGUGCUAGCGGGAUACACGCUCACUGGCCUGACUGCUGUCGCGGCUGCACUUGGGAACAGGGGACCGACUUGACUCACUAUUGA